CGUUACGGCGCUUUCUGUUCAAGUUCUUUGUAAUGCAAUUGCUGAAAACAAUAAUAAUAUAAUAUAUUGUGAAUAAAAUAAAAAUUUGGAAAAAAAAAAGAAAAUAAAAAAAAUUAUUAAAAUUUUUGUUAACGAAUCCAAUUAGAAUGUGAUAAAUGUGAGAUAUAUAUAUAUAUGACGUGUGUAAAAAUUUCGCAAAAUGUUCUUAAUUAAUUUCCCAUCGAAUUCGUUGGCUUUAUCAGUUGUGCUGUUAUGGCUUUUACUGGCUUCCAAAUGUGACGCGGAUCGCGUACGAGUUAUUAACUUAAAUAGGAACUGGACGUUGUCCAAUGAAAAUGGCACAAUAACAAAAAGUGGAGUCACUAUUCCAUCGGGUGUUUACAGUCAAUUGUAUGCCGAGAAGGUGCUGGAUUCAUAUAAUGACGUCGAACUAAGAUGGAUUUCUUAUGACAAUUGGACAUAUGCGAACUCGUUUUCAGUAAAAACUGAAGACUUCCAAUCAAUUUGUUUUGUUAAUCUAACAUUGCAUGGAAUUGAUACGGUGGCUGAGGUUCGUUUGAACGGUUAUUUGCUUGGACGACCUGACAAUAUGUUCGUACGCUAUAGUUAUGAAAUAACCAAAUUCUUGGAAGAGGAUAACACUUUGGAAAUUGAGAUAAAAUCACCGGUACAUGCGGCUCUUAGCAGAGCUAGAGAACUUGAAAGCCAGGGCAUUGAUGUACCACCCAAUUGUCCACCUUCGCAAUAUCAUGGCGAAUGUCAUAUGAAUAUGUUGCGGAAAAUGCAAGCUAGCUUUGGUUGGGAUUGGGGAUUGGCAGCUCCUUCUAUGGGCAUAUGGAAACCUGUCACGCUAGAAUACUACAAUGUCGCUAUUAUACGUGAUGUUGAUGUCACGCUUGCUAAAAAUACCACCCAUUGGACGAUGCAAAGUCGUGUUUUUAUCGAUUGCAAUGGUGAUAAGGAUUUUUAUGCAGAAUUAACAUUUUAUGCUGUUGAAUUGCUUAAAAACCCAGUGAUAAUUAACAAACAUGUUGAGACACCAGUCAGACGCCAAGCUCCAAUCAUUACCUUUGAUAUCGAUGUACCGAUUGAUGACGUAACACUUUGGUGGCCUAAUGGUUUUGGCGAUCAAAAGCUUUAUCCUUUGCAUUAUAGUCUGAAAGCAUGGUCGAAUCCGGAAGGUCCUACUUUGCGAGAUAAUGUCAAGUCUGAGAAAUCUAUACGCAUCGGUUUUAGAACAAUAGAGCUAAUAGAAGACCCAGUAAAAGAAGGGACCGGCAAUACUUUCUUCUUUAAAAUCAAUGGGAAAGAAAUAUUUAUGAAAGGUAGCAACUAUAUACCGAGUCAUAUACUACCGGAAUAUAGUCGAGACAGCAACCGAUUGAAACAUCUUUUACAGUCGGCCAAAGACACUCAUCAAAAUAUGAUCAGAAUCUGGGGAGGCGGUAUUUACGAGUCUGAUGAAUUUUAUGAUAUAGCCGAUCAAAAUGGUUUACUUAUAUGGCAUGAUAUGAUGUUUGCUUGUGCUAUGUACCCAGUUCAGGAGUCAUAUUUAGCUUCCGUACGUGUGGAAAUAUCGCAGAAUAUCAAGAGAAUUGCCCAUCAUCCUAGUAUUGCGAUAUUGGCUACGAAUAAUGAGAAUGAAGUGGCUUUGGUUCAAAGCUGGUACGGAACAAGUGCCGAAGAUGCUCGUUUUCGUCAAGAAUAUCGGGAAUUGUACUUAGCUAGCGUUAUGCAUGAAUUAAAAAUUGUGGAACAUAGCAGUCGACCUAUUCCAUUAGUCUCGUCACCUUCUAAUGGUAAAGUGUCAGCCAAUGAUAAUUAUAUAUCGGAUAAUCCGCAAGAUCCAGACUAUGGUGAUGUACACUUCUAUGAUGUAUUCAAGAAUGCUUGGGAUCCAAACAUAUAUCCUCGGCCCAGAUUUUCCUCAGAGUAUGGCUUCCAAGGUUUACCGCAAAUGGCAUCGUGGCUUAAAACAGCUGGACCCCACGAUAAUUUAGUCUCUUUAAUUAAGCAUAGGCAACAUCAUCCAGUGGGCAUACCGGUGAUGACAAAUUUGAUAAGACGUCAUUUGCCGUUGCCGUUGCCAGAGGAUCCACCCUAUCUCGAAGCUUUGGUGUAUUUCAGUCAAAUUGCUCAAGCAAUGGCCACAAAAGUUGAAACGGAACUUUAUCGAACUUUAAGAGACACAGAGCAUCGCACGAUGGGCGCUCUCUAUUGGCAAUUGAAUGAUGUCUGGAUCGCACCUUCCUGGUCUGCCAUAGACUUUUACGGCAAUUAUAAGUUAUUGCAUUACUGGUCUCAAGAUUUUCUCGCUCCCAUAAGCAUCAUAGCUUUGUAUGAUAGAGAUAGCAAAGCAAUUAACGUAUCUUUGGUUUGCGAUGAAUUUGAAGUUGACACUAACGAUUUAAGGGUCACUCUUAAUAUUUACAAGUGGUCACAAUUGUUACCAACCAAUAGCACUACAUGGCCUGUAACUUUGCUGGAAAUCUCUCAUAGAUAUUGCAGUUCCAGCGUAUAUGUGAAGACAAAUAGUUACAGUCUAACGGUAUCUGCAAAAUAUCCGGCAUUAUUUGUUUACGUCGAAUUGCUACGUUCCGAUAUUUCUAAAUACAAGUUAUCGUGCAAUGGUUUUAUGCAAGUUACCCCAGUUCAAGUUAUUCAUUUAGAGUUUGAAGCAAAUAAUUGCAUCAAUUUAACCAGACAUGAUAUCAAAGUAACGACAGUCAAUCAAUAUUUAAAAAACUAGUUGAUUAAAAAAAAA